UCCAAUUCAAAUGUGAGUAAAUGCAGAAACUUAGCAACUCGGUUUUAGACAUGUUUUUCAUAUGCCUGAAUCGAUUUUUUGGUUGCAGUUCCUUGUUUCUUCUUCCAUGGAUAAGACGGUUCGUCUAUGGAAAGUUGGCUGCGAUCGAUGUCUAAAUGUUUUUCAUCAUAACAAUUAUGUCACUUGUAUCCAGUUCAAUCCAAUCGAUAACAAUUACUUCAUUAGUGGCUCUAUAGAUGCAAAAGUUAGGAUUUGGGGAGUGUUGGAGAAAAGAGUUGUUCACUGGGUCGAUGUACGCAGCAUUAUAACUGCUAUAUGUUACCGGCCAGACGGAAAGGAAUUUAUUGUCGGUUCCAUUAGAGGCACUUGCCAUUUUUAUGAGGUAUCAGGCGACAACAUUAAUUUGGAGGCCGAGGUUCAAAUUCCCGGCAGAAAGAAAACUUUGGGCAACAAGAUAACAAAUAUUCAGUUCUCCCAGGAUGAACCUCACAAAGUUAUGGUAGCGUCAAAAGAUUCCAAACUCCGAAUACUUGACGGCGUAGAUAUUGUUCGUAAAUUUAAAGGAUUACCGAAGUCCGGAAGUCAGAUGUCGGCAUCUUUCACGUCGACAGGGAGACAUAUAAUUUCGGUUGGAGAAGACUGUCAUGUUUACGUCUGGAACUACAAUGACAUGUGCCCCCGAACAUCGAAACACACGAAAUCUGUUUCGUCUUGCGAGCACUUCUUCUGUGAAGAUGUGUCCGUUGCAAUACCUUGGUUAGGCCAGCGGUUGGAUCGGAGUCACUUGGACUGCUAUCCAAGAGAGGAUCGGAUAGAGAGUGCUUCUCGAAUCAGAGAUACGCAACGAUUCUUUCUUGGUAACUGGUUCUCCAUUGACAGCUCCUUCAAGGGCUCUGCAACAUGGCCCGAAGAAAAGCUUCCGUUAUGGGAUACAUCAUUUGCGGAAGAUGAAUUAUAUGCAUAUAAUCACCAGCAACUCCGUCAAAACAGCGAGUAUCACACGUCCCUACCGGAAACAUGGGGGCUCGUUAUAGUUUCAGGCAGUCGGAAUGGAACAAUCAGGACGAUCCAGAACUAUGGAUUGCCUGCUACUCUAUAGGAGGUCGACUUCAUUCAACUUAUUUGUAAAUUUUUCCUGGUUGGUAUUCAA